AUGAGUGAUCGAAAAAGUGAUAAUACUACUAGCGCAAGUAGCGGUAAAAGCGCAAAGCCAGGUCCAUCCAAUACUAAGCAAAAAGAUUACUUUCGUUUGGAUUGUAAACAGAUUAAAAUUAAACCUACAUCCGGUACUUUUGAUGAUGACCAUAUGGCCGUACGUUUUCAUCAUUCUACUCAUGAAAUGAGUCUGUGGUUGAACGCUUUAAAGAAUGAAGUUUUCAUCCCGUACGACCAGUUUACAGGAUACAGAAUUGCAGAAUACAAAGAACUAGAAAUCUCACUCUUACCCAACUUUAACAGAAGGUAUUAUCAAAACGGCGUUGAGAUUAAAACAGAUCCAACUAACGGUUUGUUAGAAGAAGCAACAGCAUUGAUUAUUAUACCACGACAAAAUGUCAACAUGUCAUGUUUGAUUGUAAUUGACAACCUCAUUGGAAAGUACAGAAACGAUAUAUCUAUACCAACCCGUACAAGGCCGGGAAUCAAUGACGACCCUGACGAAUCUGAUGAAGAGUAUUUGGUAAAGUUUACCAUGUUCGGAGAACGCGGAGGAGUUAUCGUACCACUAAAAAUCAGACUUGAAGAUAUAGUUCAGACUAUUAUGAAAAAAUUUAAGUUCGAAUUUAAAUACAAUUUGUUAACGUAUAAAAAUGGGGUGGGCGCCGUUAUUGCUAUUAAGGAUCAUGAAGAUUGGAGAGUCGCUAAAUGGGAAUCACAAUAUACCGGUAAAGCUUGUGUGGAUCUUUAUUUUACGUGA